AGGCUGCGGCGGACAGCUGCCUCCUGGGAGGAGAAGGAGGAGGGGCCGCUAGAGGGAGGGGAAAAGUGUGGCGUAGGGGAGGAAGAGGAGCCCAGGACCGGCCCCACGCACGAUUGAUGGGCGGCUACUCUGCUGUGGGUUUGCCCACCUGCUCCGCCCCGCGGCCCCUUUAGCCUUUGGCAAGGGGCGUAAGCGCUGAUCUGAAGGUCGGGAACUAAGAACCAUGAUGCACGAAGCAAGGGACAGGCAGAAGUUUGUCAGCGAUGUUCAGUAUCUGCGGGACAUGCAGCACAAGGUGGACUCUGAAUAUCAGGCUUGUUUGAAACGACAGGACUACAAAAAAGACCCGAAUGAGAAGAAACAGAAUCAGGUGUGGGGGAAAGACACAAGUGACAGAUCCCACUUUUCAAGUGGGUCAUCAUCCAAACAGAGCAUCAGCGAGGAGGAGUCUUUAAGCGAACCAAGAUCAGCUACCAAAGUAUCUGUGAUGAAGUGUGAACCCAGACUUCCAGCCAUUGACCAAACACCUGUCAAGCAGAAACACAAAAGUACCAUGACGUCAAAGAAGCCGGAGAAAGUGAGCCCCAGCAAACCAUCUCCAGCAUCACAAGUACCAAAGAUUUUAUCAAGGAAGAGGAGGCCAAAUCUGGGGAGAUUGACAGUCAGCCCAGAAAUGCACAGCCCAAGAGCGUCUGGGCAGAGAAGCAGACAGAGACCACAGCUGUCAGCAACGGCACCAGCACUCCUGGGAGCAGAUCUGACUGUCCAACAAGAAAGCCUGAUGUGUCCAAAUGAGACAAAGCUAAAGAAGCCAGCUCGAGAGAAAAGAAGCUUAGCCACGCCCUCACAGUUCAUGAGAAUGGCCGGGAAGCCCCUGGAGAGACAGAGAAAAGGAGACCCAAGUGCUCACCCCCAGACUGAGCCCCACGCUGCCCUCUCACAAGCCUUCCAGCCACCAAAUGGUUCUCAAGUGCUGACUGAGCCCUGGGGACCUCCAUCCCUCCCUGCCACAGUGGUAGGACCAAGAAGGGCACCAUUUAGUUUCCACGACGAAGAUUUCUACUCUGUAUUGUCAUUAAACAGUGAACAAGAAAACUAUGACACAGAAGAGGAAACCCGCAUGGAGGAAGAGCUUCUGCUGCUUGGGAUGCGCUCUCCUCCUAGCCAAAAGAGAAGCCGAUUUCUUGGGGCGUCAGCCACUCAAAGUAAAAAUGUUGAGGGAAAUGCUGAAAAUCUCAGAGGAAAUUCUCGAAGAUGGAAUGAGCCCAGUCCUGGGUCUUCAAGAAAAAGCAGUACCAUUGAGUUAGCAACAAAGCCAACUUCUGCUGGGCAAAGGAUGCUCCAAGAUACCACGCUACUGGGGGAGUCGGAUAAAGAGAAUCCCGGUGGGGACCAAGAAGACGAGAAGACCGCUCUUCCACAGGACACCAACUCUGAUGACAUCAAUCGAGUCGGUGCCGAAGAUGUACCCAGCGACAGUCCUGUGGAAGACAGGUCUGCUAUUCACAAUUAUGAGAGAGACUGGCAAAAUUACUUAAAUGGUUCAAGGAAUUCGUUCGACUGCUUACUCUCUGGGAGACCCACAGCUCCAAGGUCAUCCAUGAAUGCAUCUUAUAACACUCACAGAUCAGUGCUGCACUCCACUCUGAUAGACGACGUCCCAGCAAGCUUGCCCAUGUCGUCUGUCCUAGUCCCCAAUUCAGACUUGGAGGAAAACCUAAGGUUCAAUGUACGCCGGCCACUCUCACCUAUCAGAAACAGAAAUCCAUUGGCCACCGCUGAAAACUGCAACGAUGACAUCAGAGACGCAGAGGAGACAGCUUCCACAAGCCCAGCCCAGAGGUCGCCAUUACUGGCAGAAGACCUCCUAUCCAACCCUCAAGGCAGCAUGGCGUUGGGGGACUCUCCCAGCUCGCCUACAAGAAGACCUUUACAAGGCCAUUUCUAUGUGCCUGGGCCCCUGCAGGAAAACAUGCCCUUUACUUUCUUUGCAGUGUCUGAUUUUCCAAAUCAAAAUGAUAAUGGGACCAGUGUUGGUGUCAUGGAUGAAAAGGGGGCCACAGAGAUAAAGGCAGACCCCGAGAAACUCAGGAAAUUGCAAGAAAGUCUCCUGGAGGAGGACUCGGAGGAGGAGGAGGGAGACUUGUGUCGCAUCUGUCAGAUAGCCGGGGGUUCCCCAACCAACCCCCUCCUGGAGCCUUGCGGCUGUGUUGGAAGCCUGCAGUUUGUUCACCAAGAGUGCCUGAAAAAGUGGCUGAAAGUGAAAAUAACAUCAGGAGCAGACCUAGGCACUGUAAAAACUUGUGAGAUGUGUAAGCAAGGCCUACUAGUCGACCUGGACGACUUCAACAUGACCGAAUUCUACCACAAGCACCAGCAAUCCCGGGCCCAGAGCGAGCUGAUGAACUCGGGCUUGUACCUGGUGCUGCUGCUCCACUUGUAUGAGCAGAGGUUUGCAGAACUCAUGUCACUGAACUACAGACAGGCUUCCAGAGAGAGGUUGUCAAGAAAUUACCCACAACCCAGACCGGAAGAAAAUGAAAGUUCCGAGUCGGGAGAUGGUAACGACAGCAACGGUUACCCAGGCCGGGUCAUCUAGCAAGGGAACUGGUCGUGGAGGGCAGCAGAGACCUCUCCACCCAGAUGCCCUUUCUGUGGUCCCCUGUGCCUCCCUCCCUCCCUCCCUCCCUCUCUUUACUGAAACUGAAGCCAAUGUAUUCACAGUUACCACUCUCACCUGUGCCACUCCGUUCAGGGGUCUGGCUUGAGCAUCCAUGGGCAGCCACAGGGACAACCCAAGCCAGCACAGGCAAAACAGCAGAGUCCCCAGUGGACUGCCCUGCUGCUGCCCCUCAGCCCAGCAGCCUGGCCUCCCUCCGCUGAGGGCCUCUGUUCGGGCCUCAGCCCACCCUGAGUGGAAUGGAGCCAUGCAUUCAGUAAACUGACUUUAUUCUCCCAUUUUGUGUGUGUGUGUUUA